GCAACAUCUUCACAGCAUUGAUUCCAAGAGUGGGGGGACAUUUCUGCUACGCCAACCGGUUUCGAAGGUAGCGGACAUUCAGGGCACACUGCUGGGCAGCGUUGGCGUUAUAAGGUCAAGAAAAUCGUCCCUUUCUAAACGCCUCUCUUGGCAAACAGUGAAGCAGUCCGCUGCUGUGGGGGAUUAAACCAACGAUUUUCACGUAUGUACACGCGAGACAGAAAUUCAUACGGCAUUGUUGUUUGUUGUUGGAACUUCAAACACACUGUCCAAUGUGUACAGCAACCGACAGUUGGAAGGCCGUGCUGAGAUUAAACAUUUUGGGUUAUGUGCCGUUUUCAAUACCCCAAUCCGAUUGCAACAUUACCAUACAAUUCAGAGCGCUAUUUUCCGAUUACAAUCACUUUGUCUACUACUCUUUUGUGUGGCAAGACGAGAAUAGCACAUUCAUUGAUCUUGAACCCAAGAGAGUGCAGUUGCUGAAAAUUUAUCGAUUGAUUGGCGAGUCGUUCCAGUUAGUCCUGUUCAGUCAGCUGAAGGGUUUAGUGUGGAUUUCGAAGCCAUCAUGACGGAACUCUGGGCGGGUGAAUUUGGACGCUACCAAUGGAUUCAGUACUUGCUGCACCUUUUGCCAGCCUUCACAGGUGGAGUGCAUAUGCUGUCGCAAGUGGAAGUGGGAGCCACGCCCAGACACAGAUGUCUGGCGGUGAACGACACUAUAUUAGAGUACGUCGGAUCGUGCCACUACGUCUCGGUGCGGAACGAAACUCUACCCUGCAAAGCGUGGGAAUACGAUCGCACUUAUUAUGAAUCCACCAUCGUUACCGAUUGGGAUUUGGUGUGUGACCGGAGGUGGAUGGCCUCAGUAUCGCAAUCUGCUUACAUGUUAGGCGCUCUUAUUGCUAGCUCGUUGCUCGGCCAGUUGUCGGACAGGUACGGACGCUGGAAAGUGUUGGUUCCAACUGGAGCACUUCAGAUGGUCUUCGCCACCGGCUGCGGGUUCGUCCAGAAUUAUUACCUUUACGUUGCGCUUCGUUUCCUCAUCGCAGUGAACGUCAGCGGAGCAUACAUGAUUGGUUUCGUCUUGAGUAAGAAAUUCGAUGGAAAUGGCGCCAGACCGAUACCGGACCAUGAUUGGCUUCAGCUUCCAGUUGGUGUUUGCGCUCGGGAUCACAGUUGUUGCUGGAUGGGCAUAUUUAGUCCGCCAUUGGCCCAUUUUGCAAAUCAUCUUUGGGCUACACAGUUCGCUGAUGCUUCUUCAUUGGUGGCGCCAACCAUGGACGGAUCGAGGCGAAAGGUGGUGGCAGAGUUAGAAAAAAGAAAAUCCCCUCCGAAAAAAAACCACUACGCAGCCUAAUUCGGCCUCAAUGUCAAAUAGCUUUGAGCGCCAUUACCCAGGCCGUCGGUCCGUCGUUUCAAUUAGAGAAGAAUGGUGGCCUCAAGUCGUUUAGGGCAGCAACACAACAGCAAUCACGGACGGCAAGGUCUCGACCUCGAGGAGUUUAAAGUUAUAACUGCAGCAGCCCUGCAGAGAUUUCGUAUUUAUGGGCAGCAACAAGAAGAGAAAAAGGGGAAAAAUAACAGGCACAGUGUAGCCCAGCAGUUACCCUCAAAGAGGACUUGGAAAGUUCAGUUUUCUUUUUCCUUCUUCUUCUUCUGAUGUUUCUCUCUCUCCUCCCCACUCUCUCGUGUACACACGCGGGUGGAGACUGGUCGUGAACGUUCAAGGCAAAGUAGUGAGUGGUACGACCGGUUUACGGCAUUGGGCUGGGAGUUCAAUCGCCUACCUUGCUGCAGGCACUUUGGAAACGGCGCCUUUUUGCUUCGUGUUGCCACGAUGAUGGAGCUGAUGGACGAUAUGCAAUGGCGGUUUUGGGACAACCAAAAAAUGACUGGGCCUAUGUUGUUGGUCGCGAAAAAGCCCCUCGGUUAUUCUAUUUCUUUGCGUACGAUUUCAUUGCGUGUAUUUAAUAAUAAUGAUGACGAGCAUAUUCAUGUCAUUGAGAUAUUU